AUGCUCAUUACGAUUCUUCCCCAGGAGCUAGUUGACAGUGUCAUCGACCUAGUACCAGAGCACGAGCUAGACCAUGACAACAACGCAGGACUCAAGCUUACACGUGAAAGUGUUGAAGACCUACGCGCUUUGUCUCGCGUUUGCAGGGCAACACGCGAGCGCAGCCAGAAGCACCUCUUUCAGAAGCUUGUCAUCAACAAUCCAAAGUACUGCAGGGGCCUCCGUACCGUUUUGACCGCCAACCCGUGCCUAAGCGCGUAUGUCAAGCACAUUGUUGUUCGCAGUUACGACCAGCGCCGCUCCAAGGCGCUGCAAACGGUUAUCAAUGCGUGCCGAGGGCUCGAAACACUCUCGUUUCUCUAUUUGGACGAUUUCACGAGGUGGCCGGGCGCGUGCCUGGUCCCGUCUGAGUUCCCAGCGCUCCGCCGUUUGGAGGUAGCCCGGUGCACCAUCAACAACUAUGACGACAUCGCGGAGGUGCUUGCCGGCAUGCCAGCACUGCAAGAGCUGCAUUUGAGCGCGACGUGCAUCGAGCGUAUCGUCUCGGGUGGAGCCUGGACACAACAGAGAAAACGCCUCGAGAGCCUGGAGCUCAGACGGAUGCAUUGCGUUGUCUCAGGACCCGACACGACCGUUGCUUUCACUCGCGGUUUCCAACAGGUCAAGAAGCUCGAUCUUACUUUACACUCUUCAUUCGAUUAUGACAUACUUCGCAAUCUGGCCUUGCCGCAAAUAGGCGUGGAGCACCUCACUUUAGCGGUGGACUGGUACUGGGCAGAGCUCCCAUAUGAUCUUUGCGCGGAUUUCGGAGACGAUCCGGAUCGAGGUACCACCUUUCUCUCGCUUACUCUGCAAGAGCGGCCCCCUGAAAACAAUUUUCGGAUGUUUUUCGGCGGACGAUGGGCGAGCCGGCUUCUCCUCGCAAUCCCCAGCACGCAGCUCGAGCGUGUCUGCGUGCGCCUCGAAUAUCGCAGAGGCGGCGACCCAUGGGACGGGUUUGAGUGGACGGCGGUCGACAAUGCGCUGGGGUGCGCCACCCGUUUUCCGACGCUGCGUGAAGUGAGGGUAGAGAUCGGGGAACGCUGGGCGCAUUGGUACGAGGCGGACGAGGACCCGAGCUUGGAAGACCCGUUCGUCGUCGCGGUGAAGGCAGAGUUGCCAAGGGUUGCAGAGAGAGGCAUUUUGAUUAUCCAGUAG